CGACCUCUGAAUGGGCCAGCUCUAAGUUAUAUCUGAAUGAAAAAUAAGACGCUCGUGCCCCUUUGCCAACUCUCGCCGUCUGCUUUCCUUCUUCCUACGCCAAACACGCCAGCGACAACCACCUCCAGCACCGCCCUACGCCACCGCCGCCCUUCUCCCACCUUGACCCUCCGUCAGCGACACCCAUCUCCAGCGCCACCAUCGGUUUUCGUGAAAAUGGCAAAAUCAAAGCAGAAGCAACCUCCAAACGACUUUGAGGAAUGUGUACAAGAUGGUUGGGUGAUUGUCAAGAAGCAAAAAGUUACAAUUUUGAUCCCUCCAUUACCCUUAUUUACUCAACAAUCCUCGAUGCCUAUUCCAGGUGGCAGUCCAUUACAGCCAAUAGCCAUCCAAGAAGUUGAUGAUCAUAUUGCACCUUCACAGCCAGAUCCACCCAUGCCAUUGCCAUUGCCAUUGCCAUUGUCAUUAGUCACCACAAAACCCAUCACAACAUUUUCCAACCCACGAAGGUUGAUGAACCAUAGGGGUAAAUUAGUAAACUCACAUUACAAGAUCCCGAAACCAAAAAAAUAUUGUGGGAAUUUGGUGAAUGGGCACAUGUUGGUGAAUACAAAGAUGAGGGCUUUGAAUCUUGAGAGAAAGCUUAAGAGAGCAGGUGGGCUUAACAGUUGGCUUGUGUCUUUGGGACUCGGUCAAUUUGUCAAGAUUUUUAGGUGCAAACGUGUUGGCAAGAUGCAAUUGGUCAAUCUCACCAUGAAGAAGCUCAAAGAUAUGGGUGCAGUUGCAGUUGGACCUAGAAGAAAAUUGAUGCAUGCUAUUGAUUGCCUUUGGUAAACUUCAAUUUGCAAAAUCAAGAACAAGGGUACAAUUGGAACACAUAUCAUUACUUAUAGUAUAGUUUUGUAUGUAACUAUGUAUGAUUAGUUUAUUACUAAUCUUGAUAUGAUGUUUUAAGUAAAUUAAUAUUUUAUGGAACAGAUGUCUUUCAUAUAUUGUCUAUUUGGAAGGCAUAAAGGCCUAAAAUGACCUCAUGAAUUUUAGAAUCAAAAGAUGGGAAGGAAAAGAAAAAGAAGAGGAAAGGAUUGGUGUAUGUGGGUUGCCAAUUAGAGAGCGAGGCAUCUUGAUGAGGGCAAUAGGGGAAAGAAAAAGUUGGAAGAAUACAAAGGAGCAAUCGCAUAACAAGAUUCGAUUCAUGAAAUAAACAAAUGUAAGAAGAUAUAAGAAAGUUGUAGUCAUGGAACAUAAAUAUGGUGGAGCACUAUGAGUCAAC